AAUUAUUAGGUCUAAGGAGAAGAUAAUAAGGUGCAACUCCACCUUCCCCAACAAUUACAGAGAGACAAUGUUUUUUCCUUUGCUCUUCCUCAUGAUUUUCCCUUCUGUUCUCUGUGAGUACCGAUGGUCUGUCUGCAAUAAUGCCUCAACUUAUAAAGAGGGAAGUGCAUAUUCCACAAACUUAAAACGAGUUAUCAAUGAUCUGUCUCGUAAUGCACCUCAAAGUUCAGGCUUUAACACCUCUUACCGUGGCCAAUCUCCCAAUAAAGUCUAUGGCCUGCUACAGUGUAUGGGUAAUAUAUCAGCAGCGAAAUGCUCAAAGUGUUCAGUGGAGGCAAAUAGCACUAUUACAGAACUUUGCGCCAACGACAUAGGUGGGCGAAUAUGGAUAGAUUACUGCUUCUUGCGCUAUGACAAGUCCAAUUUCAUUUCAACAUUAGAUACCAACUUUACUCUCCUGGAGAACACACAGAAUGUCACACAAGGGAAUCUUAUAGCUUCCAAGCGCAUAACAUUCGGUCUUCUGUCAGAUCUGAUUGAUAAAGCUUGCCUUCCAGCAAGUAUGGGAUUUUUCUCAGGAAAAAAUGAGUAUUCUUCUACAAUGGGAAAUGAAAAGGCUUCGGGCCAGGUUUACGGUCUAGUACAGUGCUGGAGAGACAUAUCGAUCAAGGAUUGUAGAAAUUGCUUGUCGCAGGCGAAGGAAGCUCUGGAGAGUUGUUGCUAUACUAGACAAGGCGCCCAGGCAUUGUCAGGAAGUUGCACGCUAAGAUAUGAGAUUUAUCCCUUUGUUGAUCCACCUGCCCCUAUGAGAUCAAAGAAAUCAUCAGGAAGGUUAUGGAUGAUAUUAGGGAUUAUUAUAGGCUCGAUAGUCAUCUUCGCUGCUUGUUCCUUGGCAAUCCUAAGGAAAUUUAAAUCUGCAGUUUCGAGGAAGCCAGUAACCCUUGUGAGGGAGAAUGAAGAUGUUCUACAAAGGAAGCUUUUUAAAAAAGAGCAAAUUUCAUUCACCUUAGAAACUUUGAUCGAAGCAACAGAGGAUUUUAAUGACAAUAACAAGCUUGGAGAGGGAGGCUUUGGCCUAGUUUAUAAGGGAACGACCAGAAAUGGCAAGCAGAUAGCAGUGAAAAAGCUGUCUGCAAGGUCUGCACAGGGGAAAAGAGAAUUUAUGAAUGAAGUGGAACUCGUGGCAAAUAUUCAACAUAGAAAUCUAGUGAAUUUGCCUGGAUUUUGCACCGAAAGAACCGAAAGAUUGCUUGUCUAUGAGUAUUUGCCCAACAAAAGCCUGGACACCUUUCUUUUUGACCCAUUAAAGCGCAGAAUACUCGAUUGGCAAAAGCGGUUUAAUAUCAUAAUUGGAAUUGCUCGCGGCCUUCUUUACCUUCAUGAGGAUUCACAGUUUCGAAUAAUUCACAGAGACAUCAAGGCAAACAACAUUUUACUUGAUGAGCAAUUGAAUCCUAAGAUAGCUGACUUUGGGCUAGCGAGACUCUUCUCUGACAAUGAAACUGAAAUUCAAUCAAAAGUUGCAGGAACUUAUGGUUACAUGGCUCCAGAAUAUGCAAUUGGAGGGCAGCUGUCUGUAAAAGUCGACGUUUAUAGUUUUGGAGUUGUACUGCUGGAGAUUGUAAGCGGAAAAAAAAAUACGGACAUGAAUCUUUCCAAAGAAAAACAGAGCCUCACCCUAUUAGAAUGGGCAUGGAGACUAUUCAAAGGAGGCCAUGCCCUGAAUAUUGUGGAUAUUGCGCUGGUGGGAAAUUGCCCAGAAGAGCAAGUGAUAAGAUGCGCCCACAUUGGACUUCUGUGUACACAGGCUGAUCCAGACGUGCGUCCAUUAAUGUCUAAUAUUGUUACAAUGCUAACCACCAAUUCUGUACCAUUACCAGUUCCAACGAGACCUGCGUUCGUAAGCAUGAGCAGUCAGAGUCCGAAUGUUAGUUUCAUCCCUGCAAUUUCUUCAAGGAAUGAAACCUCUAUUAGUAACUUGGAACCUAGAUAAUCCCUAGAAUUUCGACAGCGAGUCUUAAACUUCUUCAACGACUUUUCAACGACUUCAUUGGAUAAGUUUUGUUCAAACUUAAUAUCCGGGUCCAUCUAAUGAAAAGUGUCGUUAUAUCAAUUACGUACAAUUUUAUCUAGUCGACAUAAAAUUUAGUGGAG